GCUCCCUUGCUCUGGCUUGUCAACUAAGAUGACUGCAGCUGCCGAUCCCCCGUCUAUCCCAGCUUUUCUCACAAAACUCAAGAGGCUUGUUGAUGAUGAUGAUACCAAUAACUUAAUUUGCUGGGACCCCGUACUAUCUAUUAUUUUCUUUUUUGACUUGGCUAGAGUGGCAGGAGUUUUCAUAUAUGCGAUGGGAAUAGUCUUGCAAAAGAAGUUCUGCCGUUGUACUUUAAACACAAUAACUUAUCAAGCUUUAUUCGCCAACGGUUUUAGAAAAAUGAACAGGCUUGAAGGCAGCUUAGGGUUUGGUAUCGAUAAUGAAGACAUGGAAUUUAGCCACCCCUACUUUUUAAGAGGAAAGGAUUAUCUUCUGGCAAGGAUUCAUAGAAAGCCCCCCAGCACUGCUUUACCCCAGCACAUCAUGAAUGGGCGAUUAUUAAAUUCUGUCGGAAUACCCCCUAUUAUUACUCAAAAUACGGGGAUUAUUGGGGAAAAUAUCCCCUCUAAUUGUCCCACACGAUUUGUUUUGAUGCAGGAAUUCGCUCGUCUUGCUCAGAUGGUAAAACAUAUGCAGGCAAGACACGAACUAAAUACACAUCAAAUAAAUAUACUUAAAUCAGAAAAUCAGCUACUUUAUCGUGAGUUAGCAGAUCUCCGGUUGCAACAUGAUAAACAAUCCCAGGUCAUCCAAACUCUUUUUAAUUUUCUCACAGCGUUCGCAAAGGAUGGGCGAGCUUCCAGUCUCUGUAUUGGAGCAUCUAACAGGAAAUAUCCUCUUCCUAUUGCUGCUCCUCCUAAAAGUUUAGCGCCUGGUUCUCCUGAGAUAGUAUUAAAUUUAGGCGCGAACAAGCCUUUCCUUGCGUCACGUGCCUUGACUCCUACAGGGUCUAAUUUCCUCACUGAUUCGCCUAAUUCCCUCUCCAUUCAGCCGAUCCAAACCCUGAGGGUAUCCCAAUCUUCGUUGCCUAAUUCUAUCAUCGAGAAUGCAAACUCAUUAAGCGAACCUCUCAACAAAGUACCGAGAAUAUCGUCUCCACAACCUAUACGAACUUUAUCGAAUGCAUUCCCUCAAAGACCUCAGACCCAGCCAACAGUGAUCCCGAAUCAUUUAGAUGUCCGAUCCGAACUUCUUACUCACCCUAUAUCCCAAGAAGUAAGCCAGCCAAAUCAAGUCCCAAAGAAUACAAAUUCAGCCAAUUACAGCAUAUAUAGACGUGUUUCUUCUUUUAAUUCGCGUCAUCCAAACAAUGGAACUCGCUUGGUUUAUAAAGUGUCUUCACCCUAUUUCCUCCGUUCGCCUCAAUCCCCUAGCAUUGAUGAUGCCUUGGAUGAAGAUAGGAUGAAUCAUGGUCAUUCG